AUGACGAUCCACCAAGUCGUCCACGAGGCCAACGGCUGUGCCAUGAGACACACCCCCGAUGAGUUUUUCCAAAGACAGCCCAACAAGGGCCACUUGCUGCUGUUGGACGAGUACCGGGAAAUGUACACCCAGUCGAUCACUGACCCCACCGGCUUUUUCGGCCCCUUGGCCCAGGAAUUGGUCCUGUGGGAUAAACCUUUCCACACCGUCAAAUCGGGUUCUCUUAAAGAUGGCGAUUGCGCUUGGUUUUUGGGCGGUGAAUUGAACGCCACUUACAACUGUGUCGACCGCCACGCGUUGGCGCACCCGGACAAAUUGGCCGUCAUUUACGAGGCUGACGACGAGGCCGACUCGUUCUCUUUGACGUACAAACAGUUAUUGCAAGAAGUGCUGAGAGUGGCUGGUGUGCUUGACUCAUGGGGCGUUAAAAAGGGCGAUACCGUGGCUAUCUACAUGCCGAUGAACGCCCACGCCAUCGUGGCUAUGCUUGCGGUAGCGAGAAUUGGCGCUAUCCACUCGGUGAUUUUCGCUGGUUUCUCUGCUGGUUCGAUUAAGGACCGGGUCAACGACGCCCAAUGUAAGGCGAUCAUCACUUGCGAUGAAGGUAAAAGAGGCGGCCGUACCGUAAACAUCAAGAAGAUCUGCGACGAAGCUCUUACUGAGUGUCCUCUGGUGGAAAAAGUCUUGGUUUACCAACGUACCGGCUCUGAAGGCAUCGCCAUGGCUGAAGGUAGAGACUUCUGGUGGCACGAAGUCGCCCCGCAAUUCUCGGGCUACUUCCCCCCCGUCCCCGUCAACGCCGAACACCCGCUUUUCCUCCUCUAUACCUCGGGUUCCACCGGUACCCCCAAGGGGGUCGUCCACGCCACCGGUGGCUACUUGUUGGGGGCGGCUUUGACCACCAAGUACAUCUUCGACAUCCACCCCGACGACGUGUUGUUCACCGCUGGUGACGUUGGUUGGAUAACCGGCCACACCUACGCCCUCUACGGGCCCUUGAUGUUGGGUGUGCCCACCGUGGUGUUUGAAGGUACCCCCGCCUACCCUGACUACGGCCGUUUGUGGCAAAUCGUCGAAAAGCACAAGGCCACCCACUUCUACAUCGCCCCCACCGCCCUCCGGCUCUUGCGUAAGGCCGGCGAGGACGAGAUCGCCAAGUACGACUUGCUGUCGUUGCGUACUUUGGGUUCCGUCGGUGAACCGAUCUCCCCCGAUAUCUGGGAAUGGUACCACGAAAAAGUCGGUAAAGGCCAAUGCCACAUCUCCGACACCUACUGGCAGACGGAGCUGGGGUCGCACUUCAUCGCCCCCAUCGCCGGGAUCACCCCGAAUAAGCCUGGUUCGGCGUCGUUGCCGUUCUUCGGCAUCGACACCUGCCUCAUCGACCCCGUUUCGGGCGUUGAGAUCCAAGGCAACGACGUUGAGGGUGUGCUUGCCGUGAAGCAGCCGUGGCCGCUGAUGGCGCGCUCGGUGUGGCACAACCACACCAAGUACAUGGACACCUACUUCAACCCGUACCCGGGGUACUACUUCACCGGUGACGGCGCUGCCCGUGACCACGACGGCUACUACUGGAUCCGCGGCAGGGUCGACGACGUCGUCAACGUGUCGGGCCACCGGUUGCUGACGGCAGAAAUCGAGGCGCUGUUGGUCGAACACAGCCUGGUGGCGGAAGCCGCGGUGGUGGGGAUCGCCGACGACUUGACUGGUCAAGCCGUGGUGGCGUACGUCCAGUUGAAGGACACCCCUGAAGCCGCCGCCAUCAAGGGCAAGGAAGCUCUGGACGAGGCGUUGGCGUUGCGCAAGGGGAUGGUGUUGCAAGUGCGGUCGACCAUCGGCCCCUUCGCCGCCCCCAAGCUGGUGAUCAUCGUUCCUGACUUGCCCAAGACGAGACUGGGCAAGAUCAUGAGACGCGUGUUGAGAAAGGUGUCGCUGAACGAAGCCGACCAGUUGGGCGACAUGUCGACGUUGGCGAACCCUGAGUCGGUCGAACAAGUCAUCCUGGCGUUCUCCACCCAGUUCGGCCAGAAGUAA